UUUAAGUAGAACGUAAGCCUGCAAUGAAUCGCAAAUCUAGGGCGAUUUUUGCGCUGAUUGGAGCUUCUCGCACUGCCUCUAAGAUAACAGUUCCUUUACAGCAAGAAGAUAAACUUUCCCCGAGUUAAACUAAACAAUUAGUAAAUGAGGUCAAAUUCUGUGCUGGACGCUACCCUCGCUGGUUCAGUGUUAAUUCGAGGCUAGUGAUGGCGACCCCGGGGCUGGAUCAUUGGUCCGACAUCGUUGUUGUUGUGAUCUAUUUCAUUGGGGUCCUCGGAGUAGGAUUAUGGACUGUUUUUCGGGGAAACAGGGGGAGCGUCAACAGUUAUUUUUUGGCGGGAAGGAGUUUGUCAUGGUUUCCGGUGGGUGCCUCCCUCUUCUCCAGCAACAUCGGCAGCGAGCACUUUGUGGGGCUCGCCGGAACAGGUGCUGCGGCGGGCAUCGCCAUGAUCUCCUAUGAAUGGGCGAGCAUGCCCCUAGUCCUACUGCUUGCCUGGCUUUUUCUUCCAGUUUAUAUUUCGGCUGGAGUUUAUACACUGCCGGAAUUCAUGGAAAAGAGGCUUGGAGGACGGCGAAUUCGGAUAUACCUCAGCGUUUUAGCCUUAAUCCUGUACAUUGUGACAAAAUUGGCGGUCAGCAUUUUUGCCGGGGCCCUGUUCAUUCAGCUGGCAUUGGGAUGGAACAUGUACGUCUCUAUUGUGGCUCUCCUGGUCAUCACAGGGAUCUACACAAUACUGGGGGGGCUGAAAGCUGUGAUGUAUACAGACACCUUCCAAACAGUGGUCAUGACGCUGGGCUCAUUCGCCUUAGUAGGAAUCAGUUUUCAUAAGAUUGGUGGAUAUAACAACCUAAAAGAGAAAUAUAUGGACGCAAUUCCUUCCAUUCGGAACCCCAACAGUACAUGCGGAUUUCCUCGGAGUGACGCGUUCAAUAUUUUUAGGGAUGCCGUUACGGGAGACAACCCGUGGCCAGGACUUCUUCUGCAGUCCAGUGUUGGAUGUCUUUGGUACUGGUGCUGUGAUCAGGUGAUUGUUCAAAGAUCUCUUGGCGCCAAGAACCUGACUCACGCAAAAGGCGGAUCGAUUUUGGCGGGCUACCUUAAACUUUUGCCAUUGUUUAUGAUGAUCUUUCCUGGAAUGAUCAGCAGGGCUCUAUACCCAGACGAGGUGGCUUGCGUCGAUCCAGAGGAAUGUAGAAAGGUGUGUGACAAUCCUGUUGGUUGCUCAAAUAUCGCCUACCCCAAACUGGUUCUGGAGUUACUGCCCUAUGGAGCCCGCGGGCUACUGAUGGCCGUGAUGCUGUCCGCCAUCAUGAGUUCUCUGACCUCGAUUUUUAACAGUUCUAGCACCAUCUUCACCAUGGAUCUCUGGCGGCGCAUGCGUCCACAAGCUCACGAGCGUGAACUUCUAAUUGUUGGAAGGAUUUUCAUCUUGUUCCUUUGCGCUGUCAGUAUUUUAUGGAUCCCACUCGUUCGAUCUUCACAAGGAGGCCAGCUGUUUAACUACAUCCAAGCCGUGCAGGGUUACCUAGGAACACCUAUAGGAGCGCUGUUUUUCCUUGCCGUCAUGUGGAAAAGAAUGACAGAACAAGGUGCAUUCUGGGGGAUAGCUAUCGGUCACACCUGUGGCAUCAUCAGGAUGGGUAUAGAUUUGGCGUACCCCGCUCCCGACUGCGGGGAACCCGAAACAAGACCCGGAGUUCUGUUGAACGUCCACUACACGUAUUUUGGAGCGUUGAUGAUAUGUGUUACCUCUAUCGCCAUUAUUGUUAUCAGCCUUCUUACGACGCCAAGGACCGAGGAAGAACUUAAAGGAGUAACAUGGUUUACAAGAACCCGAGAUGAUUCGUUGGAAAAUAAUCUGGAAAUGAAGAAUUCUAAAGAUAAUGGAGAAGAACCACAAAGUGAAGGUGUAAACAACGAUGCCGAAAAGCAAAAAGAUGAGUCGAUUGAGGUUAUGGACGAUACGAGCGAUGACCGACCCGCGUGGAGGCGUUGGCUGGACCAGAUUUGUGGGAUGCCAUCAAAGAGUCACAGCCAAGAUGACCCUCACAUUGGACCGGAAAUGACGCAAAAGUACCUGAAAGAGUCGCCAAAAUGGAAAAAUAUUUUGAAUAUAAACGCAGCAGUGGGUUUAAUUUUGACAGCUUUUUUGUACGGGUUUUAUCAUUAAGACUACACAUGAAGUGUAAUAGCUUAUUUUAAAUGUUGUAAAAGAUUUAAUUUUAUGAAUAUAUACUGUGCCAAAGAAUCAAUGAGAUUUCAUCAGAACAAGCGGGAGUUAUCCGAGUGCUUGGAACAAAAAGAAAAGAAAAGAAAGCACUCUGCAGGGAAAGUGAUGGACAUUCUAGACAUUUUUCGCAGAUUACUAGUAUUCGUAAGCUUUAGUAAGCUUUUAUGGUAUCGUGUGUUUAAAAGAAAUUCAAUAUCAUAUAUUUACAUCUAUUAAAUAUUAUUUCCUCUA